AGCGGUGAUGAUCUCACCUUGCUCAAUGCGCAGUCUCUCCGCAGUCUCCGAGCGCUCGCCUCUCGCAUCCCGGGCGCGAUGGCAGCUCCGCUGGUCACCCUAGACGAGGAAUGGCAGGAUUUCUACGAGCUGAAGCCCGAGCGAGCCGGGGGACGGGGACGGCAGAAGCAGCCGAUGGAAGAGGAGAACCUGAACGAGCUGGGGUCGGUGAGAACGGCAGGGAUCUCGCACCUGGAGGAGCUGAGCGAGCUGGACAAUUUCACCACGGAGAUGAUGAGUUUCAAGUCCAUGGAAGACCUGGUCAACGACUUCGAUGAGAAGCUCAACGUUUGCUUCCGAAAUUACAACGAGAAGACGGAGAAUUUGGCCCCGGUGAUAAAGCAGGCGGCGAUAGAAGAGGAAGAAUUCAUCAGGGAUGACGAGAUCUGGGAUGCUCUGACUGACAACUACAUAACAAGCACAGCUGAGGACUGGCGGACAGCACGACUCCAGGAGCUCAACAUGAACCUCUCCAACAUGGAGGCGAGCGACAAAGACAGCAUCACCGAGGAUGGAGAGUUGAUCGAGAAGUUGGAUGUCAUUGCAUCGUCCACCAGCGAGGAACCCCUCUUCACAGCUGAGCAGGUCAUUGAGGAGAUUGAAGAAAUGAUGCAGAAUUCCCCUGACCCUGAUGUUGAGGAGACUCCAUCACAGUCCGACAAGCUCUCGGUUGUCUCGCUGGAGGUACAAGUGUUGAAACCUUCCAUCUGCAGCAACAAUAACAUCCUGACAGAGGAUGUUAAGCUGAUGACAGAGGCAGAAGUGGGCGAGCUGCUGGUGCGGAUUGAGCUGGCCAUUAAAGAUUACUCGGAGGAGCUGAUACAACAGCUGGCGCUGCGCGAUGAACUCGAGUUUGAGAAGGAAGUGAAGAACAGCUUCAUCUCCAUACUCAUCGAGGUGCAGAACAAGCAGAAGGAACACCGGGAGUCGAUGAAGAAGAAAAAGAAGGAUAAAGGUGGAGUUCAGCCCAGCGUCCGUCAGGAGAGAGUGACCCGCAUGCCCGUGAAGCGGUUCAGCAUGGAAGGGAUCUCAAGUGUCAUCCAGAGUGGCAUUCGACAGACCUUUGGAAACUCGGGCAAUGAAAAACAGUAUCUAACUACGGUGAUUCCUUAUGAAAAAAAGGGCACUCCUCCAACUGUUGAAGACCUUCAAAUACUAACCACAAUUCUUCUGGCUAUGAAGGAGGACAGUGAGAAGGUUCCAGUUUUACUGACUGACUACAUUUUAAAAGUUUUGUGCCCGACAUAAGCCUACGCAUUGUUCCCACGGAUGCCAAGGUUGGCUAGGCUGCCAGAUUCCCGCUUGCAGGCUGCAUCCCAAGGCCAAAAUAAUGUCCAGAUAAGCUAACCACAUGAACCAGCCUCCAUCUUUCAGAAGAGAGAAAACAGCCAAUUGAAAGAAAUGUGGUUUCUUAAGCUUUGGCAAAGGUUUUGUAAAUAUUUUAUUUUUAAGAGUUAACUGACAGUGGAGUUGGCACCAAUAAUCAGAAAUUAUCAGAAAUCGUCAACAAAGAAAAUGGAAACUAACAGGAACAAUUUAAAUAUACUUAAUCUGUCACUGCUUCGUCAUCGGGUACACUUGGAAAUUCAGGCCUGUGUAUAUUGCAGUCACCCUUAACCUGCUCUUGUUUUGGGAGUCAGAAUUGCUCUAGAUCCACCCACAUUGAGACAGAUUGAAAGGAGAAAUGAUUUGGCAAUCUUACCGCAGUCACUGGGCACAAUUUAUAGCUUUUGCAAUGUGUUGCAGUCCUAAAAUAGUAAGUAGAAAUCUUCGAUGAAAUAAUGAGAAAUGUGGUCUUAAUCAGGUCUUUAUCACUGAUUGUGUAUCAGGGAUCUGAGGAAGGAUCAACUAGCCACUAAAAUUAUAAGUAUUAUAAGGGGUCUACAUGAUAACUUUUGGUAAGUGCCAUGUCCUGACAUUAUAUCCUAUCACUGCUGGGAAAAAACACAUAUCGCUGAGAUAGAUGGAAUCAUUUAUUUGAAGUGCUGUCUUUAUUGCUGCAUAAUCCCUCCUGGAGCCAGCUGUUUGCUGGUGUGGUGGUGACUGACUACAUUUCGUACCUGAUCCAUCAUGCAUUGCAAUGAUUCAUAAAAGUGUUUACAGCCUCAGGAUAGUAGUCUCCCGCGGCGGGCUGAAGGGCCUCGUUAAAAUGGCGGGCAACGCUGAGUCACGAGUGUACAUCAUCCAGUAUUUAUGCAAUCUUCGUGGUUGCUCCUCAAGCACAAUGUACAUUAAACCAAGACCCUGCCCAAAGGCGGGCGUGAAUGGAAUAAUCAGCCGAUUAAUACUGCUGACAACCAUGAGAAGAAAUACAACAGCAGCAUUAUUUGAUACAGUAUCUAGUCCAGCUAUCUCCCUGGUUGAGACUGUCUCACCAAUCGGCCUGUUAUUCCACUACAGUCUGCGGCCACUGCUUUAUGGUUAUGCCUGGUUUCUAAGCAUGUCUAUUUCACUUCACUGUUAAAGAAUAAAUAGCUUCUCUCUAUUAUGUGCUCUGCAGUAAAAUGUCCCCUUCACAAAUUGACCUUCCACGUGUAGACAGAGCGCACUCUGGCAUGUCUGGUGCCAUCUGUGUGGGUAGAACACCUUGCCUCCUGCCUCCUCUGUAACGUACUCCUCCACUGUCUGCAGCCUCUCUGAGAUAGCCCUCCACCACCUGGUGGGAAGAUGUCCCUUUGAAAGUCACUCUCCCCAAACGCCAGCUUCUCUGCUUUUCUCAAGUCGCCAGUCAGUUAAUCUAGUUGAUGUGGAAUGAGAGCGACACCUAGUAAAGGGGAAUCAGCUGAACACUCUCGGUCCUGCAACCACAUAAGCAUUAAAUCCCUUAAUUCCAGUUUAUCAGCACGAGCCCAUCCAAAAUUUGGAAAGUGGAAACUUCAGGGGAAGUGGCCUUUCAAUCAGGGUAUAGCGAGUCAUAGAGUGUGUAAACAAGCCCAACAUGCC